UGCCGUUACAACCGAGCACCUGUCGCCGCCAUGUUUGUUCACUAAGGACGCUGUUCUGACAUGAGUUCGAUUUUGGCGGUGUGUUUGGUUUGAUCCUGGUGAAAAUGGCGAGGGUUCUUGGAGUUGGAGAGGGUCUAUUCGUUCUGGCCUUCAUCUGGACAUUAUGUAUUUUACUCUGCCUUGUGUUUUCAAGGGCGCAAACAGCGAUUUCCAACAUGGGACCAGUGAUGAUCUUUAUCGGGGGAUUCCUGACAAUAGUUCUUGUGUUCAUCCCCCGAGAACCACAGACACCCUCAGCGGAGGAUGAAGUGAAGAUAUACGACUACGCCAUCAUCUACAGGUCCGGUCUGAUUGCUGUGUGUGCACUGUUCGUCCUGGUGGGGCUGGGGCUCUACCUGACAUCUCACGCCAUGCAACCCAUCUACGCCAAACCCAUCAGGAGACUCCGAGGAUGAUGCAUAGAUUCCUGCUGGUCCGUUAGUCCUGGACUACUAAAUUGUGCUGAGGACAAGUAAAAAUCCAAUGAUGGCAGCUCAUUGACUAGAAUCAUUUGAGGGCUGUAUUUCUAAACCAGUUCUUGAUGCUUCAAUUUUGCUACAUAUUUGAACUGAUUAAAACUUUCCGAGUCAAGCCUAUAUAUCUAGGAUAUCUAAAACAUUUUUUAAAAUCUU